AAAACAGCCGAAAGCCUUUAGUUAUGUCACGAUUGCUAGCCAGUUGCAGUUUUUCGCCCACAAUAUUCAUUAUUUUUUACAUGAAAGAUAGUGCUAAAUAGCUGUCCAAUAAAAAAUUAGUCAAAGGGCCACGUUUCAAGUUCGAUGAAGUGCUACUUGGGGCUGUGAAGGUACAACAAAACCGUUUAGUUAACGGUUUUAAAACACCUUUAUGUUAUUGUCGUGCAGUACUUCACAGCUCGAAAUCAAAGUACUAUGACUCGCUAAAGGUUCAGGAGGACACCCCUAAUUCACGAACACAACUUCACACUACAGUAGCUGCUAGAAACUACCUGAACGGACUACUGCUGGGCUAUGACGUCACGGCGCACCGCCGCCCUCGCUGUUGCCAGGUCCGCGGUUUCCCCGCAUGGAUUGGGUUACUUUAACACUGUUGCCGGAGAUGAAACCAUAGACUGUAUAAACGAAGCCAAUAACGUGAUAUUUAAUCCACGGAAGGCGAAUUUUACCAAGGGAACCCGCCAGAAAUGUGUAUUUUGCUCCCGGAGUAGCAAUAGGACAGGUUUUAUUGUGAAAACCUGGCAACGCCCGCCCUGCAGUGUCAGUGAUUUUAGAAAAGCGCUCGAGAACGAGACGGCCCACAGACACAACAGGACCACCAUCGGAAUCCACCAGACACCUUCCUACUUGCCGGCCGAAGACCAAACCGCCGAGUCAACGAGAACACGCGAAAACGUAUGGGAUUCUUGAUGCUCGCCGAACUCUCGCUCGGUCGCGCGCAUCUGCCGCUGUAGCAUCGGGCUCGCGCGGGAUAUAGCGGUCUGUGCCUUUACUGUCUAUGGUGCCUGCCGACUGUUGGAUGUGAGAUCCGAAUAGACAAACUGAAACAUCUCGCCUGCGCGUCUGCAUAAUAUUUAGCGGUCGGAGCGGAGCGUCAUUGCCUGGGUGGAGUUGCAGUGCAUCGCUCAAUUAUGCGUGAAGAAUCGGCUAGCGCACUAGCAUCGCGAGCUAAGCACUGUCCCUUGUUAUGACAGUGAUCUGUAUGCCAACAGCGUUUGAUCACGCGCGGCAGUCGAGCGCAUUUGACUUUGAUGCUGGUGCUGGACACGAUCUCCGGUAGAAAUCCACUUUUGCCCGUCAUUUCAUUGACAUGGCAAACGGUUAGCCCGGGCAGGCCUAGCUAGCCACUGUGUUAGCUGGAAGAAAUCACUUCACCGGAUUAGACGAGCAUGCAAACCCUAACGGUUUGUUUUUAGCGAGAGGGGCCAGUGAUUGUAUAAUACAGUGUGUUAUAGAUACGGAGCGAGUAGAUGGCGGACAAACAGCAGCUAGUUAGUUAAUAACCGACUGUAAGGCUACUGCCAACUUGACAUAACAGGUUUUAAUAUCUGAAAAAGUGGCAGGCGUGCGCAUUUCACAAUGCAUUUUCUCGAGGCAAGUUCAGGUUGUGUCACUGAAGCAAACGCUUGGAUAAUAGAGGCACUGCCCCCGGCUAGCUAGCUCUCCGUGACUUUUGCGAAGGGAACAUGCAAGAUCUUGAGUCGAUUUUAUGCUCUAAAUAAGCAGCCAGCGUUUGCACUCGUUUAGCCUCGACUGGCAAUUGUAGCUAGAUUCUCGCUGGGAAGAGGGGAUGACCUAAACACUCCAAACAUGUCCAGCAAAGCUUCGGGUAAAGAGAAGAAGUCCGGCUUCAGCAAGAAGCUGUUCCGCCGGGGCUCGGUGCGCUCCGUGGGGAGCUUCAUGAACAGAGUUCUGAAGACCCUCUCCACGCUCUCUCAUUUCGGCUCGGAGCUGCACGCGCCCGAGGGCGACAAGGACGAUGGGGGAUUCACAGCCUUAAAGAACGAAGGCAAGGGGUCCGUCGCGUCGGACGACAGUGACUGCGGGGGGUUUCUUCCCGGGGACAAGAUCCCCGGAGUGGCCGGUUUGAAAAACCACGGCAAUACGUGUUUCAUGAACGCUAUUCUGCAGUGCCUGAGCAACACGGAGCUGUUCGCCGAGUAUCUGGCGCUGGAGCAGUACCGAGGUGACCAGACGGAUGACGAGAAACCCAAGACGAACGGGGUCGUGCAGAGGAAGGGCGGUCAGGACGGAGGAGAGGUGACCGAGCAGCUGUCGGGGCUGGUCCGAGCCCUGUGGACCUUCGAGUACACGCCGCAGCACAGCCGUGACUUCAAAAAUGCUGUGGCCAAGAGUGCCCUGCAGUACCGGGGAAAUGCCCAACACGAUGCCCAGGAGUUCCUUCUCUGGCUGCUCGACCGUGUUCAUGAAGACCUCAAUCAUCUUGUACACCCCAACAUCAGAGCCUCUAUAAAGCCUCCUAUCGAGGAAGACGAUGGAGCGUUAGAGGGACCUUCACCACCUCUUUCCGCUGGCUCGUUUGUCCAAGAGCUGUUUCAAGCUCAGUACAGAUCGUCACUUACCUGUCCGCACUGUCAGAAACAGAGCAACACUUUUGAUCCUUUUCUUUGCAUCUCCCUCCCAAUUCCAUUACCUCACACACGGCCUCUGUAUGUGACCGUGGUUUAUCAAGGCAAGUACUCUCACUGCAUGAGGAUCGGUGUGGCCGUACCACUCAACAGCACUGUGUCCAGACUGAGAGAGGCUGUAUCACGUGAGACCAAGAUCCCACCAGACCAGUUUGUCCUGACUGAAAUGUAUUACGACGGUUUCCACCGCUCCUUUUGUGACGAUGACGACGAUCUUGAUAUCAUUCAAGAAAGUGACUCAGUCUUUGCUUUUGAAACUCCUGAGACUUUUAGAUUAGAAAACAUUCGCUCUAAAAGAGGAAGCCUCCUUGCUAAUCUGAAUCAGAACAAUGUGAAAUACGGAGUGGAGACAAACCGGACGCCGUCUUUCAUGCAAGGAGCAAUGAAUCCAGUAUCUCCUAACAAAAACACUGGAUGUGAGAAAAUGAUUCUGCUGAUUUGUAACAGAGCCUGCACUGGCCAUCAGGGACGGAGGUUCGGUCUUCCAUUUGUACUAUAUCUGGAGCGCACUGUGACAUGGGAUGUGUUACAGAAAGAAAUUCUGGAGAAAAUGCGUCACCUACUAAGGCCAGGAGUUUACAUUCAGGUUGGACCCUUUAGCUUGCGUGUGGUUGGAGUGGUUGGAAUCACAUAUCUGUUGCCACAGGAGGAGCAGCCACUAUGUCACCCCACUGUGGAAAGAGCAUAUAAAUCAUGUGGGCCAGGAGGACCUCCUCAUGUUAAGAUCGUAGUGGAGUGGGACAAAGAAACAAAGGAAUACUUGUUUGGACACACUGAGGAAGAGUACAUCCCUGAUGCUGAGAGUGUGUAUCUGCACAGAGAGCAGCACCAUCAGCCGCAGGCCUGCACCCUCGCUCAGUGCUUCCAGCUCUACACCAAAGAGGAGCAGUUGGCCCCAGAUGAUGCCUGGCGCUGCCCACAUUGCAGGCAACUGCAACAGGGGCGGAUCAAACUCAGCCUGUGGACCCUGCCGGAUGUUCUCAUACUGCACCUCAAGAGGUUUAGACAGGAAGGAGACAGGCGGGUUAAGAUGCAAAACAUGGUGCGAUUUCCUUUGAUUGGCAUGGAUAUGGCUCCUCAUGUGGUGAAGAGAAGCCAGAGCAGCUGGAGCUUACCCUCCCACUGGUCACCAUGGAGACGACCUUACGGACUUGGUCGUAACCCAGACGACUACCUUUAUGACCUCUAUGCUGUGUGUAACCAUCAUGGCAACAUGCACAGAGGGCAUUACACGGCGUACUGUAAGAACUCCAUUGAUGGGCAGUGGUAUUGCUUUGAUGACAGUGAGGUUCUGCCUGUAGCUGACGAGGAUGUCUGUCAGCAAACUGCAUACAUUCUGUUCUAUCAAAGGAGGACAACUAUUCCCUCGUGGUCGGCAAACAGCUCUGUUGCAGGCUCGACCAGCUCAUCUUUAUGUGAACACUGGGUUAACCGGCUUCAGGGCAGCAGGCCGCCCAGCCUGGCCUCCGGAGCCUCCUCAAGACGCACAUCCCUGAUCUCUUUGGCAGAGUCAGUGGAGUUUCCCGGUGAUCGCAGUGAAGAUGAUGCUUUAGCGCUUACUAACACAGGAUCUCCCGGCUUGCUCAGAGGAUUUUCAACGCGGCCCUUCGUGAGGAGCAUCCAGCGGCAGAGCUUGUCCUCCAGAUCUUCGGUUACCAGCCCUCUGGCUUUCAGUGAAAAUGGGAUGAAACCUUCCUGGUCCCUGUCACAGAAACUACAAAUGAGAUCCAACUCGCCCUCGCGAUUCUCUUUGGACUCACGCUCCUCCCCUCCCCUCGAGAGGAUAGGAGAAGCUUGUGAUGACAAAGUGUCCAUGUCUUGCUUCGGCAGCUACAGCAGACAUGAGCGUCAGCCCAGCAGUAAGGCCCCGCUGGCCAUGAUGGAGGGUAACGGUAGUGGGAAAUGGAUCCUAGACGAGGCCUAUUGCAGAGCUCCGACACAGUCUGACCGGAAGAGCUCUAAAGGUGAGCCCAUCGACAACAACAACCAAAUUAAUGCUGUGGACCAGAAUGCUCUUGGAGCACUCUCCAAAGAGCAGAAGCAUAAGAGCUCCGUGUCAGAGAAGAAAACUGAAGGAUCCGCCAGCAAGAAGAGCUCCACCAAGACCAAGGGAGACCAAGAGAAGCCCUCGAAAAAGCGCCAGAGCACCUGUUCUGUAACCAAGUCUCCAUCCUCCCAAGUGUCUUCCAGUCCUCAAGCGAAGGGCACCAAAGCGACCAAUCUAAAAGAGAAGAGCAAUUCUCCCAAAAGUACCAAGGGUACACCUUCAGGAACGCCCUCCAAAAGGAAAGAGUCUUUGCAGGCACAGGAGUCUCCAGUGUGUGGAGGCACAAAGGGGAAACCAUCCCUUACUUCCACACCCCAGUCCUCUGCCUCUCCCUCGCCCACAACAAAAAAGAGCUCCUCGGUGGCUGAGAGGAACUCUGUGUCUGGCAAGAAGAAGCUGGUGGAAAGAGGCUCCAGUAAGGACUUAGCCCACGCCAGUCCCCUGGCAGAGAGGUCUAAAGUCAGUGCCAUUCCUCCGCGAACAUCCCAACCUAAAACUGCCGAGGCAAGGCGGCCAGUGAGAAGCUCUAGCAGUAGUUCCUCAAUCACCAGCUUGCGUUCCCCAAGCGUCUCCUCAAGAGACCUCCGCCGCAGCAGCAAAUCCGAGGACAAGGGACUCUCGUUUUUCAAGAGCGCACUUCGGCAGAAAGAGACUCGUCGGUCGGCCGAUCUGGGCAAGACCACGAUUCUCGCCAAGAAGGCUGUCGAGAGGACUGCCAAGUCCAGCAGCCAGUGCAGACUCGAUGCUGACGAGGGCGAAGGCUCGGGAAACUCUUCCCAGCAGGUCUCUCCGGAGCCACGCUCCUGCAGGACUGCCACCGAUGAGAAAGAGUCCUUGAAGACCUCCACCCCUAACAAACACUCUCUCUUACCAGUAGGCAAGUCCAAGUCUUCCAAUCCCGAGGCUAGCCUUCAGUCUCCCAUCAAUGGGAAGAGACAUCUUGAAAGGAUCUCAUCCUCUAAAAAGCUUUCUUCCAGCAUGCAAUCCUCUGCACGGCCAACACAGACGCCUCAAUGAAAUUUAAAAAGCGUUUCCAUUAUUUUCUGUAAUGCAGCUAUUUUUUGACGUGCCUAAGAAAAAUAUAAAGUAUAUAGUAUAUACCUGUAUUUUACUUUUCUCAAAGAAAAUAUGUAAAUUAUCAGAAAGCGCCUUUCUAUCCUGCCAUGGAGCCAAAUCGUUGCCUCUGGCAAGGUAUGGUAUAUGAAUCUACUACUGUUCACGACUCUAAAUAGGAAUGUUUUAACUUAGCACUUUGUAUAUAUUUUUUCUCCCUGGAAUAAUGCUUAGAUGGUAUGGAUAUGUACAAUACUUUUUAACUUGGAAAACGUUCCUUUUUAUUUGGACAAGUCACUUAGGAUGAAAUUAGAUUUUUGCGAUAUUCCUUGGAGUACUGUACCAAUUCACUCCAUAUCUACACUUGGUGCUAUUUACAGUCCAGUGUUCCCCUGGCACUGAUACAGUAUGAGAUAGAGUUACAUCAUGAAACCUGACCGAAUUUGCGACUGUAGACUUAAUGGGGUUCAGCAGAGAACAAUCUCUUUGCUACUUCUCAAAGCCUGCUCUCUUACCCCAACUUUUUUUUGUUUUCUACUCGUGAACAGUUACAAGUGUCCCAGUAGCAUAACUGCCCUUAGAAAUAUGCGCAACAAUGCCAACUGCAGGCCGAUAGCUGAUAGAUGAAUUGUUGCUGUAUGAAUGUGAUCUUUCAAAUGGUGAAUUAGUGGAGGACAAUCUUUAAACUCACUCUAUUUAAUUUAUUCCAGCAAAACGCUGUAUGAUCUGGAUAUUAAUGGAGGCAGUGUAAGCCCUGCACAAAUUUGUUUUGUAUAUUUUUGUUUUUAUAAUGACAGUUUGAUAGCCACAUAAUCAUACUUGAACCAUUUCAUGCCCGCCAAAUCCAAUGCCAACAUAUAUGAACGGUUUUCGUUUGGCUUGCUCCGAGCUGGGGAUGAACCCUUGUGCGUUUUUAUCUCCCAUAUUUAUCUGUGGACAACCAGUGCAAUAGUUUUCAACACUUUAGGAGAACGGAUAUGGCCUUCUGUAUUUGGGUAACAUGUUGAACUUAGUGUUGCUGAAACGAAUUAUUUUAAAUGUCAAUACUGUGCAUAUGCAAUAGUGGUGAAAAAAAAAAAAACACUUCAUCAGUGUAAAUUGAAAUUAUUUUCAGGACUGUAAUGGCUCACCACAAUAAUGGAUUCAUUUAAAAAUAUAUCUAUAUUUUAUUUUUAUUUUAUUUUUUUGUUCUGCAGAAAGGCCUUUUACGUGCUUGUCAACACCAUGGAGUUCACCUAAAUAUAUUUUCAUUCAUUCUCGAUUUAGCUUAGACAAGUUCAUUUGGCCUGAUACAAAAUAUUAUGGACGACAGGAGAAAUGUAGGGUUAAGCAAGUCAUUAUUGGUAUAUUUGCAUAACCGUGUCAUUACGCUGUUCAUCUUGCUGCCCUGUGAUUAAAACAUUAAUCCAAGCGCCGCUGACGCCACUGUUGAACCAAUCUCAUUUUCAUGCUGCUUUUCGGCCUGAGAAAACCUCUUUCACUUUAUCUUAAAAUAGAUACUUUAGCAAUGAACCUAAUGUGUAGCACUCUGCCUUUACGCAACAGGCUAAUAUUGUGUGUGCACUGAAAAAACAAAAAAAGUAGAAAAAGCAGUAUUGCAUGAUAAUAUUAAUGCAUGCACUUAACUAUGCAAGUAACUUGCUAAACAAGAUGAGUCUGGUUAUUAAUGUCUGAUGAUGAUGGUGAUUAUAAUUAUUAUUUUUAGGAAAACAGAGCAUGAAUUUAUUGCUUUUUUUGCACACUUUUCUAACUUUACAUUUUUUUUUUUUAUAUUGUGAUAUAAAAGCAUAAAUUAUUAGCUUUAAUCAUAUGUAUUCCAAAAUUAGCAAUUGGCAUUGUAUUUUCAUGCUAUUUUCCUUUUAUACACUAUCUUUUUAUUAAAACUAUUACUUUAAUUCAUAAGCUGUUCUUUAGGGUAAGACCUCCCUGUUUCCAUGUGAUAAAUUUAGUUUUUAUAUUUUUGUAGUCAUAGCCUGUUUUGCUUUUACACAUUUCGCUGGCGUGAUGUGGCCUGGUUAUGCUUUCACAUGUAGUAUGUAGGGAAUUUAGCUAUGUAACUUUACCGUCAGCAUUCAAUCAGUGCACACGAUUCCUGUAUCGCUUGCAAUGCCGAAUACUAAACACUACAUUCACUCUGUCAUGCUUUCACGUCAUUCCAUGUUUUAGGAUGUGAAUUUCUUGGACCAUGAAUGGAAAUGUUGCAAAUGGGAUGCUUUCAGCGGCUCAAAUGCUAAUAUGACAUGGUCUUAUCAAGUGUUUGGAUAGGACAGAUGAUUUUAUCAUGUUAUUGAAGCUGUAUCAGUCUCAUGGUAUAAUAUGGGUGCUCAUGGUUUACACACUGGACUGUAAUGAUUUCUCUCGACCCAGAGAUGUUUUCAUGUAUUGUUCACGAACUAGUACCUGCUUUGGUGGGUUUAGAACUGGGCUGUCAUUUUAUUAUAUGACCAUCAGGUCAAGGUCAACCAAAAGAGGAAAAUAAUAUUUAGUUAGAAAAAGCGAAAACCAUAUAAAUGUUUGGUUGCAUGAGACUGCGUCAAAUGCUUUUUGUUAAUUUAUUUGUGUGUUUUAUGUGUAUGCACUUUUAUUUUGAAUGUUUUUUAUUAUUAUUAUUAUUAUUUUAAAGAAUGCAUUUCUUUGAAAAGUCAUUUGUAUUCAUACCAUUGUCUCCCUAAUGUAAGUUGGCGGUUGAAUUAUGAUUAAAAAAUAGACCUGAAUUAGAGGUCUAACCUCAA